GAGUCCGAGUAUGGUGACAGACGAACCCGACAAGGCCGAUGAGGAUCCUCCGGCAUACCAGAGGGGGUUUGUCAUCGUCCCCGAGGACCAACACUUCAGAGGACCUAUGAAUCUCCACCCUUACACGCGCCCCCUCACCAUCGCCGAUCUGGAAUCUGUGGUGGCUCUUGAGAACGCGGCGUUCCCCAACCCAGAAGAGAGGGCAACGAGGGAGAAGUUCAUCUACAGGCUCACCAAGUGUGGCGAGCUCUGCCUGGGGAUGUUUUGCACUAUGGUGCCAGGUUCCGGCGUCGAAGCCGAGACGUUCGCAACUGGUCGGCCAGUAGAAACCAAGCGAAGAAACGGAGCCAUCAGUGUACUGAUCGGCCAUAUUGUCGCAGCCAAAACAACAACCCCGUUAGUUACAGAUGAUUCUAUGGAUUAUCCCCGUGAUUGGAACUCCGAAACCCCAACUCCUUCGAGACUUGGCCACCAGGAAGGUGGAAGGACCAUUGUUCUCCAUUCUGUAGCUGUUCUACCACGGUUUCAGGGACGAGGUCUUGGGAGCGUCCUCAUGAUGGCUUAUAUGCAGCAGAUGAAUGGCGCUGGUAUAGCGGAUCGACUGGCUUUGAUUGCUCAUGAUCAUAAAAUACAAUGGUACGAGAAACUUGGCUUCACCAACCAAGGGAUGAGCAGUUGCCAAUUUGGAGGGGGCGGAUGGUACGACAUGGUCUUUGAUUUGAAGGCACUGGAACCAAGAGCAGCAUAUGGCUAGGUAAGCUCCCUGGAUCUUGUGGCGGACGGUCUUUCUGUUGAUACCCAAAUUUGGAUUUUAGUGCAAGGUACAGUUAUAAGGUCUUUGCACAUUUCAGUUAGGCUUGGGAUUGGCAUCUCCAUCAGAUCGCGGGUAUUAGAACCGAGUACCACAUUGUCUGUCUAAUCACUCGCCUUGUACUUCGCUCUGUACUCUUCCAAUCGCUUGAUAUCCUCUUCUGAUCCCCUUCCUUUCAGACCCCCAA